AUGGACAAGAGGUGGAGUCUUCAAGGAAUGACCGCUCUUGUCACUGGUGGUACUAAAGGAAUUGGGGAAGCUGUAGUGGAGGAACUAGCUAUGUUGGGAGCAAAAAUCCACACAUGUGCUAGAGACGAAACUCAGCUUCAAGAAAGGUUACGUGAGUGGCAAGCAAAAGGGUAUCAGGUCACCACUUCUGUUUGCGACGUUUCUUCUCGUGACCAAAGAGAGAAGCUCAUGGAAACCGUUUCCUCACUCUUCCAAGGAAAACUCAACAUCCUCGUAAACAAUGCUGGAACGAAUAUUUUCAAGCCAACUAUAGAGUAUACAGCAGAAGACUUCUCAUUUAUUACGGCUACAAAUCUCGAGUCAGGUUUUCAUCUCUCACAGCUCGCGCAUCCAUUGUUGAAAGCCUCUGGAUCAGGGAGCAUUGUCUUCAUAUCCUCUGCUUCUGGAGUUGUGCACAUGAGUGUCGGAUCCAUCUAUGCAACAACCAAAUGUACCUUUAAAACAACGUUCCCUUACGUUCUGAUGCUUACAAAAGUGGUUAAUUCUGUUUGUCCAUGGUUCAUCACAACUCCUUUAUCUAACGAUUGCCUCAAUAUUGAAGAGUUUAAAAAAGAGGCGGAGCAUAGGACAUCAGUAGGACGUAUUGGAGAAGCCAAUGAAGUCUCACCGCUUGUGGUGUUCCUCUGUCUUCCUUCAGCUUCAUAUAUUACUGGUCAAACCAUUUGCGUUGAUGGAGGUGCUACUGUCAACGGUUUCUCCUUCAAGCUUAGUCCUUAA